AUGGUGCCCCUUCAGAAUAUUAAUUGUCAUUAUAUACGUAUCAGGAGGUUGGCGUUAGUGUUCCUGGGUGUGGCCCUGCUGGCCGCCUCCACCUGCGCCCUGCCAGGUGGCAGUGGAGCCUAUGGUGGCGGUGGUGGAGGAGGAUCGGGAGGCGGAGGGUAUGGAGGUGGUGGCAGCAGUGGAGGCGGUGGCGGCAGUGGAGGAGGAUCGGGAGGCUUCGUCGGUGGGUUUGGUGGAGGUGGAGGCUACAGUGCCGGCACGUCAUUUGCUGUUUUUAACCUUGGAAAUCAUGGAAGUGGGUCCAGUGGUGGCAGUUCUGGAGGUGGCGGCUACAGUGGUGGCAGCUCUGGAGGUGGCGGCUUCGGUGGAGGCAGUUCUGGAGGUGGCGGCAGCUAUGGAAAAUAA